UCCGCUCCCCUCGCCGGCCCCAGCGCCGCCACAGCCCCGUUCGGGCUCGGCUCGGGGGUCCGUCCUCAGCGGGCCGCGCUGUCAGCGCGGCGGGGGCGGGCGGGGGAGCGGCUGCCCCAGCGCUUCUCUCCCGUCCCUGCGGCCGAGGGUGCCUUGACCUGCCCGGGUGUCUCGGGGCACUGCGGGCCGCAGGCCCGAGCUGCAGCGUCGGCAGCGUCGGGAGAAGGAGACAAGCAAGAUGAGAAAAAUAGCAGGAAAAAAGGCUUUUUUUUAAUUAACAUGCCACCAGAACUUCUGCAUGGUAGUAAAGAUCAUCUAAAGCAGCUGGGUAUUUGCAAAAGAAGACCCUGACAGCACACAGAUACUUAAUCUCUAAAUCAAAUUCAACGAUGCAUUAGAGAGAGCUGCACUGGCUGCACAGAGAAUUCACACUGAAGGAUGAACAGUGAAGAAGAGUUUUAUGAUGCCGUUACGGGCUUUGAUUCUGACAAUUCUUCAGGAGACUUUUCAGAAGCAAAUCAUAAAGUUCCAGAAAUGCUUGAUCUAGAUCCACACCAAAGCAAUAGGACUGGAAAGCAUAAUGGAGAGACAGAGAUACAAGAAAAUGGGAUUAAGAGACACAGGACAUCAUUACCUGCCCCAAUGUUUUCUAGAAGUGAUUUUAGUGUGUGGAGCAUAUUAAAAAAAUGCAUUGGACUGGAGCUGUCCAAGAUUACGAUGCCCAUUGUCUUCAACGAGCCCUUGAGUUUCCUUCAAAGGAUAACAGAAUAUAUGGAGCAUAUAUACCUCAUCAAUAAGGCUUGUAGUCAUGCAGAUCCUCUGGAAAGAAUGCAGGCUGUAGCUGCUUUUGCAGUUUCUGCUGUAGCUUCUCAGUGGGAGAGAACUGGCAAACCAUUUAACCCACUGUUAGGAGAAACCUAUGAAUUAACCAGGGAGGACUUAGGAUUUAGGUUUAUAUCUGAACAAGUCAGCCACCACCCACCUAUUAGUGCAUUUUAUUCUGAAGGCCUCAAUAAGGACUUCAUAUUUCAUGGAUCAAUCUAUCCCAAACUAAAAUUCUGGGGAAAGAGUAUAGAAGCAGAGCCUCGGGGAACAAUUACUUUGGAGCUUCUGAAGCACAAUGAAGCUUACACAUGGACAAAUCCAACCUGUUGUGUACAUAAUGUAAUUAUUGGUAAACUGUGGUUAGAACAGUACGGAGUGGUAGAAAUUGUAAAUCACAGUACUGGAGAUAAAUGUGUCCUUAAUUUUAAACCAUGUGGACUGUUUGGGAAAGAGCUUCACAGAGUAGAGGGAUACAUCCAGGACAAGCACAGGAAGAAGCUGUGUGUGAUCUAUGGCAAGUGGACAGAAUGUUUGUGGAGCACUGAUCCCACCACAUAUGAGACCUACAAAAAGAGUGAGAAGAGAGGUGGUGAGCAGAAGAAGAAGUCGAGUGAAGAAGAUAUUAAAUCUGAAAAUGAUGAGGCUGAUGAUAUGCCAGAGGUUCAAGACACAGUGCAGUUCAUACCAGGCAGUAAAUUGCUUUGGAGGAUAAACUGUAGGCCACCAAACUCAUCACAGAUGUACAAUUUCACCAGUUUUGCUGUGAGCCUCAACGAGCUGGAAAAGGGCAUGGAAGCGAUAUUGGCUCCCACGGACUGCCGGCUACGUCCGGAUAUCAGGAACAUGGAGAACGGGAACAUGGAUGUGGCAAGCAAAGAGAAAGAGAGACUAGAAGAGAAACAAAGAGCUGCUCGCAAGGAGCGUGCGAAGGACGAGGUGGAGUGGCACACACGAUGGUUUCAUCAAGGCACUAACCCAUACACUGGGACUCCAGAUUGGCUGUACUCAGGUGGUUAUUUUGAUAGAAAUUUCUCAGACUGUCCAGACAUAUACUGAAAUUCCAGAACCAACUGCUCAUUUCAUCCGGACAUCUAGUCACUAGAUUUCAUUCCAAGCCAGUUACUCUGGUUAUGUUGAUAGCAAAAACCAGCUUUUCUAAGUAAAUUUUAACAGAAAUUCUGUCAGUCAACAAUCAAUGAUUUAAUUAUCACUAAUGUUGGAUUGCCAAAUAUUUAAAUACUGUUGUGCUCAUUCCAUAAAGCUGUACCUGAAAUCAAGUUUUCACUAAUUUUCAGAGGGACCUUUGGUUCUCCAUUUCCUCCCCUAGUUUCUCUGGCAGGAGGAUACGCUGUAUCUGUAGAGCACAUAACAUCCUUGAAAACUACUUAACUUCAAUAAAAUAGAGAUAAUAUCCUUGUUACUUAGUACAAUAGUGAAGAAGCUGAAGUUUUUGGCACUCCCAGCAGGGAUGAAAAGCCAAUAUGGUACCAAGAGGAUCAAACCCAGUCCUGUCACACACUCCCUGUACUGUAUGUAGCAUUCCCCAGGGACGGGAGCUCCCGGCCCCGCUCUCAACAAUUCCAUAACUGAGAGACUCGGGACACAGAACCCAGCCCGAGCCUCUCUCACUGUAGUUGUCUGUUACAGAGUCUUCACAACUUUGGGACACUGUGAGCAUUAAACUGUAUACCUGUGAUAAAUCCCAUAGAGCAUACGUUAGAAGGGAAGGGCGCAGCCAAAAUGUGCUUUUCCUGAGGUCAAAUGCUGUUCUUACCAUAGGAGAAGCUUUGGAAGCAAUAGCAGGAAUGUCGAGGUGGUUCCAAUGUACAAUAUAUCGCUUGCUACCACUCGGAGGCUUAACUCUUCUGCACUACCUUUGGCAGCUUUGGCACUGUGUAUGCUUCUAGACUAAACUUUCCUUUGGAAGCACUUCCGUGUGUGUAUCCACACAGGUUCAUGUUUUGGGGAAGUUUUGGUUUGCAUGUUUCUCAUUAUUAGGUCAUGUCUGUUUUGUAUGUUGUGAUAAAGCAGAAUCAAUUUAAAGCUUUGGCAGAGUUAUACCUAUUACAAGUUUCCUGUGAGCACGUGAUAUCAAAAAGUGGGAUUUUUUUUUUUUUUUUUUGUUCCACAUCAAGCCAUCGAAGCCAUAUAAUACUGGAAAUAAUCAAUUACUGAACUGAUGCAUUAAUUUUCUUUCAAGUGGUACACUUCAGGGGCCAGGGUGGGGAGAGAAUCUUAAAAAAUUAGGUCCAGUAAUUAAAACUAAUUGUAAUAUUGCUGCUUCUUUUAUGAAAUUUUUAAUUGAGUAACCAUUGAAAAUGGAGAGUGGCUGUGCUGCUGUGAAGUUUACAGUAAUUUAGAAAUUGUUGGUGUUAAGUGCCAGCAACAUGAAGUGUUCAAGAAAGAACUGGUCUGAUUUGUGUCCAAAACAUCUGUGAUUUCAUCCAGAAAGUAGAUUUUUGAAGUGCUUCUCUCUCAGCCACAGGAUUAAAAAGCAGAAGAAAAUUAGCAUAUUCAUAGAGAAAUUCUUCUAUCAAAUCCCGUGUAGAACAAUUAGAUUACAUUUGUGGGAAAUUUAGUUGUCUUCAUUGGAAAAAUAAGAGAAGCUGUAAAACUUCAAGGCAGUAAGGAAGGGAACAAUCUGAAUCUUUUUUAUGGCAACUUGAUUCUAUUGCCAAAAUUUGUACCUUGUGUUGAUGGAAGUCCUCAGAACUUGAGCUGGACUUACUGGCACAGAGGGGUUUGUGUUUGUUCCUAGUGCGGGCACAGACACUUCUGAAAAGACACUGCUGAUCCACACGGAACGGCAUAAAAAUAGUUUUGAUAAAAACCUGAGCUUUAACGACAGUGUCAGGCACUGUUAACCCCUUUCCAAACCCGCUACACGUGUGCCAUAGGGAAUUUUUUGUUAGGUGAGGAUUAAAAGGAAUCACAUGUUAGACCAGUGGGAGUUUAAAACUUGCUUUAAUUACAUAGUAUGUUCAAUGCUGGAGUGAUGUUUUUAAAACAAAGCAUAUAAAUAGAAAUUGCCUGAAUGGAAAAAAACUGUACAGAUGUUCUGUUUCUAAGAGGAGGUGUACAGGUUAGCAUCCCUUUUGUCUAAGCCAGGAUUUAAAUUCAAAGAACUAAAGCCUUGUCAUUAUGUGAAAGCAUGAAACAAUUGUACCAACACGUUUAAUCCAAACUUCAGUAUAGAAUCUUCAUGGGAUAUAAAAAGAAACCAGGAACAUUUCCAAUGUAAGAACACUUCAUUAGUUACAUCUUCACCCCCGUCUCCCCUUCCUUUAGUCUGAGGUUUUCAGUAAAAUUUCAGAUUAGUUCCAAACCCAUUUUUCUAAUUUAUUGCUCUUCAUUGGCAACACUUUCAGAACCCUUUCCUUGCGCUGCCAACACUGCUCUGCUUGGCCAGCCAAGCAUUCCUAAUGCUCUCAAAGUCCAAAAGUUUUUAUUUUCGAUGCAGAUCUCGCCUCAGUAGUUUACGUGUCAAAACAUUUAAUAACUUUGCACCUUUUGAAAGAAUGUCACUUUUAUAACUUGAUUAAACACUGUAUAUAAGAUAACUGUGUUAGUAUAUGUUAUUACAGCUACAUAGAGAAACCAGCUAGAAAGAAAUUAUAAUAAAUACUUAAUAAAUACCCUUUGGGCCUCUGGA